AAGCAGCAGAGAGCACCCAGAGAGAAGACACAGGAGCAGCCUGAGCACCCAGGGAGAGGACAUGAAGGCACAGCACGUUUCCCUCUGCCUCCUGGGCACAAUGCUUUUCCUGGGCUCAGUGCACGCUCGAGGUCUCAGGAGAUGUCUGGUUUCCAUGGACAUGCACCAUAUAGAAGAGAGUUUCCAAGAAAUCAAAAGAGCCAUUCAAGCUAAGGACACCUUCCAAAAUGUCACCAUCUUGGCCACAUCGGAGACCCUGCACAGCAUUAAGCCCUUAGAUGUAUGCUGCGUGACUAAGAGCCUCCUGGAGUUUUACGUGAACAGAGUGUUCAAGGACCAUCAGGAGGUGAACCCCCAAAUCUUGAGGAAAAUCAGCAGCAUUGCCAACUCUUUCCUCUACAUGCAGAAGGCUCUGCAGCAAUGUCAGGAGCAGAGGCUGUGUCACUGUGGGCAGGAAGCCACCAAUGCAACCAGAAUCAUCCAUGACAACUACGAUCAGCUGGACGUCAGAUCUGCGGCCAUCAAGUCUCUGGGAGAGCUGGACCUCGUGCUGGCCUGGAUUGGCCAGAAUCAUCAAGGAACUUCCACUGCCUGAGAACAAGAAACCUGAUUACUCUGGGAUGAACAGCCCUGUGAGGUUUCCAGUAGGAGACAGCCCGCUUUGAAGGGGAGGGAAAUGGGGGAAGGUAUUAUUUUUAUGCAAAUAUGUCUUUUUGAAGAAGUCUCUCUGCUGAUUUAGAAUCUCUCCGCUGGUGCUGAGGUCUUCUAGAGGGAAAAUCUAGGUUGAGCAGAUCUCACCCUGCAGCUGCAAGUUCCACUGGCUGAGCCCAGGCUCUCUCAUCCCACCUGAAAGUAGCCUAAUACCCUACUGUCAUAUUUAUAAUGAAACAUGUCUAUUGAAAUGUCCUGUGAGCCAUCCUGGAGGAAAAGGAUUGGCUUCCCCCUAAUUUAUUGUGAAGUUGUUUAUCCCAUGUCUGUGAUGUGAGCUG